AUGGAUAAUCAGAGGAAUAAGGAUGAUGAGGAACUUAAUCAGGAAAUGCCAAACGGACUUGAAAAUGAAGAUCUGAAAACAAAUGUCAGGAUUCGAGGCAGUCCGAAGAGGAAGAAACGCGACCAUAUGGCUGAGAAGCAUAAUAGAAAAAAGCAGAAUAUACAUUUUCCAAGGCAUAGGAUAAGGAAUGCAAGGAAAUCCAUUCAGUGUGGAAAGUAUUUCAGAAAUAAAUCACAGCUCGUUGUGCACCAAAGAAUACGCAGACAGGAGAAACCUUCUGAAUACUCAGAGACCAGAAAUAAGUUCAGUCAGAAUAGCACUCUUCUUGUGCACCAAAAAAACCACACAGAAGAGAAACCCUUUGAGUGCUUUGAGUGUGGAAAGAGAUUCACUCACAUAGGCAAUCUUCAACGACAUCAGAGAUCCCACCUAGGGGAGAAACCAUAUGAAUGCUCAGAGUGUGGCAAGAGAUUCAGUCAGAGUGGAAGUCUUCAAGCGCAUCAGAGAACCCACACAGGGGAGAAACCUUUUCAGUGCUCAGAAUGUGGAAAGAGAUUCAGUACGAGCAGCAGACUUCAAACACAUCAUAAAACCCACAUGGGGGAGAAACCUUUUAAGUGCUCAGAGUGUGGGAAAAGUUUCAGUACCAGCAGCAAUCUUCAAACACAUGAGAGAACCCACACAGGGGAGAAACCAUUUGAAUGCUCAGAGUGUGGAAAGAAAUUCACUCAGAGUGCCAGUCUUCACUAUCAUCAGAGAACCCACACAGGGGAGAAACCUUUUGAGUGCUCAGAGUGUGGAAAGAGAUUCAGUCGGAGUGGCCAUCUUCAAUCGCAUCAGAGAACCCACACAGGGGAGAAACCCUUUGGAUGCUCAAAGUGUGGAAAGCAAUUCAGUGAGUGGGAGAGUCUUCAAACACAUCAUAGAACCCACACAGGGGAGAAACCUUUUAAGUGCUCAGAGUGUGGAAAGAGAUUUGGUUAUAGCUGCAGUCUUCAGCUGCAUCAGAGAACCCACACAGGGGAGAAACCUUUUGAAUGCUCAGAAUGCAGAAAGAAAUUCAGUCAGAGUGGAAGUCUUCAAGCGCAUCAGAGAACCCACACAGGGGAGAAACCUUUUCAGUGCUCAGAAUGUGGAAAGAGAUUUGGUUAUAGGUGCAGUCUUCAGCUGCAUCAGAGAACCCACACAGGGGAGAAACCUUUUGAGUGCUCAGAGUGUGGAAAGAGAUUCAGUCGGAGUGGCCAUCUUCAAUCACAUCAGAGAACCCACACAGGGGAGAAACCUUUUGGCUGCUCAGAGUGUGGAAAGAGAUUCAGUCAGAGUAGCCAUCUUCGACUUCAUCAGAGAACCCACACAAGGGAGAAACCUUUUGAGUGCUCAGAGUGUGGAAAGAGAUUCAGUCUGAGGGAGAGUCUUCAAGAACAUCAGAGAACACAUACAGGGUAG